AUGGCGGGGUCCGUGGGUCGCGACCGCGCGUUAGAGGCAACCGCAGAGAGCGCUCAACUCGUGGCGGAGCCGAACGCGGAGCCUGCGCCUCCCCGUCCCCAGGUCCGAGCCCGUCCUGCCGCGAGUGAGCCCACGCGCCGCCUCGUACGCGGAUUGUCGCUUCCGCUGCGUGGAGAGGGGCGUCCUGUGUCUCCCUUGCAGUCGCGCGCACCAGUACUUGUUGUGUCGAAUGACGAGCAUGCGUGUCAGGAACGUGGUCGGUCCCCGCAACGCCAUGGGCUGCGCCCCGCGUCUACUGUGCAGCGCUCUCCUGAGCCGCGUGGGUCGUGGCGCCGGCGGGAGGAAUAUCAGCGGGACCUCCAGCACCGUGACCACCGCUACCGUUCACCCCAGCGGCUACCCCAGGAUCGCGCGUUGCCAGGGAAGCGAUCGCCGCGGCAGAGGUCUCCGCACCAGCGUUCUCCCCGGCCGUCCCCGCCACGUCAUGGCCGAGGAUCUCCCGCGCACUGGUGGGAUGGUCGCCGGGGGGAGGAUCCGUCCCCACUGCAUCCCCAGUCGGCGGGGUCCGGAGGCCGUCGUGGGCGGCGUCGAGGUUCAGCGCACGAGGGGAAUGGUCGCGGCCAGGGCUCAGCCGUUGACCGCGCGUCGAAUAUGUUUGCGGCGGCAGUGCAUCAGGUGCAGGCGGGCAGGGAAGCGGCUCAUGUUCAUGUGUCUGUAACAACUGAACCCCCCUCCAUCCCAGCAGGGGCUGCUGCAGCGCCGAUGCGCGCGCCGAUAUUGCGCGAGUACCUGCCAGCCGCAGCGGCGAGGGGGCCCUUCCGAAAUUGUUGCCAGGCCCCGGGAUACCCUGCUCCUCAGAAUCCGUUUGGCCAAACUCCAGGCCAGAUGGCGGCGUUUCCACCGCACGGAGUUCCUACUGCACCUCUCCCCACCCGCGCUGGGAGAGAUCCCACGUUGAGCAUGUGCCGGAUGUGGAACUUAGCGGGCACGGCUGAGGGGGUGGCGAGCCUGCAGUUGGCGGUGUAUGAGGCCAUGCCCCGUACUUUCCCCCACCUCGCCCUUGAUCUUCACGCGGCUGCACUGAAUGGGACCCUGGUUGACACUCUUCGCUUCUCGGCGGAGCUCCUCCAUACGAUGGCGGGUUGUCUUCUCUCGAUGCCUGAGGCGGAGGGGGCUGGCCUGUACUCGAAGUAG